AUGAAAUCAAACAUAUCAGUAACCACACUAGCUUGUGCAGGCAAGUGUUUAGAUACAACAGUGAAAAUUAUCUCCGAUAAUGUGUUGAUUUAUUUUAGAACGUCAGUUUCCAUUGUGCUGAGCAUUCUGGUUUCUGUGGUUGGAGUUAUAGCAAACGUCUUCAACAUCAUUGUCUACUACAAGCAAGGAUUCAAAGACAGUGUCAAUAUCACCUUUAUGGCCCUGUCCGUUUGGGAUCUAGCUAUUUGUUUCUUAUCUGGUGUUACUGCUGUCCUUUUUGUCAUUGAAGUAUAUUUUCCCAUACCUAAUUACAACGUAGGGUCGAUCGGAUUUGUUUAUGUAGCAUACACUAGAGCACUUAUGUAUAUUCUAUCUACACUCACAACCGUCUACCUCUCAUGUGAGAGAUGUCUUUGUGUCCUGACCCCUUUGAAGAUCAAAGAUAUUUUCACUAGACCUAGGACUAUCCUGGUAAACGUGGCCAUCAUUAUGCUUGGUGUGGCUUCCAUCAGCCCUGCCUGGGCUACACAGAGAACUCACUGGCUGUUCAAUCCAACCAACAACAUAACUCAGCUAGUUCUAUGGCUGUCUGCAAACAGACGUGAUAUUGACUUAUUCAUUGGCACCUUGACUGGUAUGCUGUCACCUAUUGCAGCUCAAGUGAUAAUCACCAUAAGCAGCGGGUUCAUGAUUCACGGCAUCAACAAGUCAUCAAAGUUCAGAAACACAACCAAUUUAGAGAGGUCAAGAAAAACUUAUAAUUCCAAGAAUGAAUCAAAGAUAGCUGGAACAACAUUCCACAAAACAAUGAACAUGAUGACUAACAAUGAAUUAAAACUAACAAUAGUUGUAGUUCUACUGACUAUAAUAUUUUUCGUUUGCAAUUUGCCAUUGGUUAUGAAUGUUUUUGUUAGAGUGUUCUUUCCAGAAGUGGAUAUAGGAAAACCACAGGAAAACCUGUACGAACUUCUUUACUCGCUGGUUUUUCAGUGUGUGUUGGUCAAAUCUACAGUCAACAUUUUUGUGUAUUAUUACGCCAGCAGCCGAUAUAGACGCGAUUUUUUAAGUUUAUAUUGUUGA